AUGGUACACGCAGACUCAGCCCUCCUUCCCUCCACCAUCCGGACAAAGCGCGAUCUCUACUCGCAUCUGCAAAGCUCCCUUGCCUCACUUCUCGAAGGACAAACAGCCUGGGUCACUAAUCUAGCAAACGCCUCCUCACUUCUGCACGCCUCCCUCAAUGAUUGGCGAAGGCGGAGAGCCGACUCUGAGGCAGGAGCGACAGAAGAAGAAGCAGACUCAACGCGGGGGAAGACCUUGAACUGGACAGGCUUCUACCUCCUCUCUGGUCUCUUCCCCACUCCACGCCCCGCCUUGCUCUCCAAAGGUGGAAAGAAAGUGCCGACGCUUGUACUGGGGCCUUUUCACGGUCUGCCGGCGUGUCAGGCUAUCCCUAGUGUGCCGGGCAAGGGCGUAUGUGCUGACGGGAGCGCGGUGCUACCGCCGAGGACGGUCAGGGUUGCGAGGACGGAUGACUAUCCUGGUCACAUUGCCUGCGACUCUUUGAGCAAGUCGGAGCUGGUGAUCCCCCUGGUGGUGCCCUUAUCCUCCUUAUCCGAAGCACAUCGUCACCUGGUCCGGCAAGCCGCCUCUGAAGACCUCAAAGGGACUGGAGCGCAAGACGAGCUGAUAGCAUGGUCUGGCCAGGACGAGGGCGUGGAGGUCAUCCUUGGCGUGCUGGACAUUGACUGUGUGGAUGAAGAUGGCUUUGACGAGGUAGAUCAAGAAGGACUCGAGGAGUGCGUCAGGAUCAUCGUCAGGAGUUGCGCUUGGUAG